CUCAUAUUGCUGAAUGUAUGUGCCUAUUCAUUUGCGGUCUCGCUUUUUCUGACCUCCGCUUGGCAAGGUAGAACCGCCGUGUUUGAUUCCCAUCAUUCUUUUCUUUUAGCUUAUCCCUCACCUCCAUCAACGCCUUACCCAACAAAUUCAGCCCCCAAUACUCCCAUCCGCAUCCGCCUCCUUAAACCCAACCCCCCAAACAGCAUCAAACGGGCUUGCCUCCACAAGCUCCCUCUGCUCGUCGCCAAUAGCGUCUCCCAUAAUAACAAGCGGAACAUCACCCGUCGCACCGAGAUAAAAACCCUCUUCAGUGACUGCAUUGGUGAAUUUGAGAUAGUUGCUUUGUUGCACGGCUUCGCGGUUGCGUUCCAGGUUUCUUCGGAGAAGUUUGUGACUUUACGGGCGAGGGCCUUGAUUUUGCGGGGGUGGAGGCCUCGUUUGAGGAUUUUGGUUGCGGAGGAGUGGUCGUUGAAGAGGAUUGAAUUGUACUUAUGGCAGAGCCAUGAGAAUUGGAGAGUUGAGGUACGGAGGAGUGCGUUGAUUUGAUUUCCUCUUAGGUAGGCAGGUAGUAGUUACUGUAGAAACAAGGGGAUUCCCGGGUAGUAGCUAAACAGCUACAGAAGAUGCUGGCAAGACUGCUUUCCUCUUCC